AACCACACGAGCAGGGCGUCCCAAGAAAAAAGAUGGAAGCAGCCAGAAUAUUACACUCUCUUGCACUAGGCAUAGGGCAUAGGGCACAUAGAUGGACGGCUACCAGCGUUUCGGGUAGCAAUGGAGCUCUGUGCGAGGAAAUACCGACAUCUGAAUGGCUGGAUUGCAUGAAGGCACUUGCGCCCGAUAUCAGAGCCAUUUGUUGUAACAAAGCGUUGAAGAAGCAUGAUAUAUGUAAUUACCCAACCCGGUUCUACAGCCCCAUCAAGGCGCCCCUAUCGUGACUGUACCUCCAAGUGGAGGGUGCCAGCAUUUCCGCUGGCGAGGCUUGCAUGUGCCAGUUGCAUGCAUCGCCCCUUGUUUUCCAACUACCGAGCUUCUACGAGGGAUGUGAAGCCGCAUCUUGCGACUUCAUUUCAAUACAUCUGCAGUUUUAAAAAUGAAAGCGUUCAAUACACUAUUAGGAUCUGUCCCCUGUACGAGAUUGACUCGGAUCUUGGAAGCCAACCCAUCGGCGUGAUGCUUGGCCGGCGCCCUGUGGAGCCAGGCUACCAAACUGCAAUGCGAAGGCACGCCAGCAGGACCUCAAAAGAAGCACAAUAUAGGGAGAGGCACAUCAUUAUUUCAAUGGCAUCUAAGUCUCUUUUCAUGAGGAAAGGCUAUUCUGGACGCACCCCAAUUGGCCAGUACUUCCGCUGUUCAACACUCGUGUCUAGGGGUUCACUCUUUUUCCACUUCCCAGAGGUAUUCGUCGCGAUAUAAUGGAUGAUGGGUGGGAGUUAAAGUCGAAAGCUAGACUUGUCAUUCAAUGCUGCUCA